AUGAAACUUUGCGGAAUUUUUUUGUUCUGUCUUUUGGCAGGCCUUGUCAAAGCACAAACUCCAACAAAUUACCUUCAUCCAAGCGGAGCAUCAUGGGACUUUGUCGUUAUUGGCGCAGGAUCGGCAGGAAGCAUUGUCGCUUCUCGUCUUUCUGAAGUAUCAUCCCAAAAGGUUCUCUUGAUCGAAGCUGGCGGAAGCUCCAAACAAUCACUUUCAGACGUGCCAUUGAACUCAGUUACGCUCCAAAGCAGUUCUACCUACAAUUGGGGUUACACCAACGAAGUUGAGACCGGCAGAUGUCUCGCCAUGACAAACCAAAAAUGUUCUUAUCCCCGCGGCAAAGGUCUUGGCGGUUCGUCACAAAUUAACGCCAUGAUGCACGUUCGCGGUCACAAGGCUGAUUUUGAUAAAUACGUAGCUGAUGGAUUAACGGAUUGGACUUAUACCUCAAUUAUGGAUAAUUUCAAGAAACACGAGCACUAUACUACGAUAUCAGGAGUCACGGGAAUAGUUAUCGAUGCAACAGCUCAUGGUUCUUCAUCGUCUACGGGCUUCAUGAGGACUGAAUUUAUGCGAUAUCGCACAGAACUUGCGACAAAUUUUCUUGCGGGAGGAAUUUCAGAAGGCAUGUCACAUGUUGAUUAUAACAAGCUGGACGUCAAUUUGGAGGAUGCCAUAUCGUAUUUGCAGCGAAUUCUCGUUCGAAUUUUAAUGCAACUUAUAACUCGCUUGUCACGAAAAUUGUCAUAA